ACGGCAUAGAACAUAGAAGAACGAAGUUAUUUUUGAAAACCGGAAAGUUCAAUGUACAGUAGAUUCGGUUAGUUAAACUGGUAAUAAAUUAGAUAUCAUGUAACAAAACAACAUACAAGAUCAGUUAAUUGUGAAAAUAGUUUAUACGUACUUACAACUUAGCGUAAUUAAUUCUGUAGUAUCAGAAAUACAUCAAAAACCAUGAAUCCUAACCUAACACCACAGUCUUUUACACACAAAGAUUUAUUGCUCAAAAAACUGUAUUACUCAGUGAUUUGCAGUGUACUUUCUCAGCUGGUUUUACUGCAGUUGUACGUGUUCGUGUCAACUUUUAAUCUGUUUCAUCCCAUACAAUGGAUUUUGGAGUCUACAACAACCUUUACAUCAUUCAGAACCUGGUUGUUCACAGUGCCAUUCCUAGGUAUUAUAUUCGCUCAAAGCGUUAUAUGUGCCAAAGACUAUGUGUUUAAAUCAACCUACUGCUCCACAAGAUUUCAAAAGUUGAUUUCCGCGUUCUCACUACAUAAUUUAGUGCUUCUAUUUUUACAUAUUUUAGCAGGGCCAGCGCUAAUAUGGUUAUUUUUGUCACUGGGAGGAGGACAAUUCCAGAACCUUACAACAAGUAUGGCUGAUAACCAAGUGUAUGUCCUUAACGAAGGUAGUUUUUUCUUAGUAUUAAGCGGAUUAUGGACAGGAUUUUUUUAUUUUAUAAAAGUAUAUAUGGCAGAAAAACAUUUAGCUUUUCCAGUUAUACACCAAAGAAAGUGGUUACAGUUUAAAACACAAGUUUUCCCAUUGCUAAAAAGUAGUUUCAGUUUGUCAAUUUGGCCCACAGCAACUUUCAUAAUUUUUUAUAUGCUAUGGGGAAGUACUUUUAGUGAUGGUUUUAGUAGUUCGUUCGGAUUAGACAAAGUAGAUAAAAUGAGUGGCAUUUUUGUUUAUUUAAAUCUAUGGUGUUUCACUGGUAUUUACUACUUUAACAUGCACCUAAUGAAGUUCUUUUUUAAUUUAUUUUUAACAGAACACAUAGAAUUUCCUCUUUGUAAGCUAUCCGAGACAUCCUUCAAUCUGCAGGACAGUUUAAGUAUGUCGGAUCUUCCUAUAAUACAGAACUUAGCAUGUUUGGAUUUAUAUAACUUAGCACAGUGGUCUAAAGAAAGAAGGCAAGUGUUUUAUACCUUGUCACAACCAGGAGGCCACCCAUACAACUGGAACGCUUUAGUAGAAAAUGUUUUGAAACUAUUUAAUGAGUACAUUGUUCUUCUCAAUAAAUCUACGGAAAGUAUGGACAGCAAACCUGCAGUAGUACCACCAACUCCACCAAUGGUAAUAACUCCUGUACAGUCGCCUAAUAUGUGUAGGAGUCCUAUGCUAUCACCUGACAAAUUUAGAAACCUGAGGAAUAUGUCAGUAAUAUCAGAUCCUUGCUUGGCAGAUGUUCUUAGUGUUACCCAACAAAGUGGUCCUAAGUUUGAGCUACCUGAAGCAGUGGUCGCAGUAAUUAAUAAAAAAAUCAAUAGUUUUAUUACUAUAGCUAGAGUCGUAUUAGGAAUUGAUUUCGUUUUUGGAGAACUACCUCAAGCUAACAUUCAAAAAUGUCUAGCCAAUGGUCUUAUAAUAAUCUGGACCAGUCAAGGCAUUUCAGAAUUGACUUGUGCUGCUAUGACAGAAGACAGGUAUGGUAUUGUUCAAAAGGAUAUCCCAGCGUUAGUGUCUACGUUAGUUGAUUUGAAACAGAAUCUGGAUAAAUUAAGUAAAAUAUCAGCUUUAACCAAGAAAAUUGCUGGCCAGGACGAUUUUAAUUAUAAAAUGAAAGUGGCAGUAAUUUCAGCUGUUCAAAGGAGCUUGUUUAAGAUUUGUUUAACUUAUAAGGAGUACCUUAAUGAGUUGCCGUUAAGUAAAGGAGUUAAAAUUUAUCUUCAGGGUAUUAAAAGUUGAAAUCUUAGGUUAUUUAUGAUAAUAAAUUUAUUAUUUAACUGAAUAUUAAAAAGUACUGUUUUUCUGAAUAAUUAAACUUUGUUUGGUAUUGAGGGAGGGUUAUGAAAUCCAAAUGUUAAAUACUUCCAGAUGAAAAUUAUAAGCACAAUUGUGUUAUUUCAAGAAUAUUCAUAAAAUAUUUCUAUAUACUGUAUGUACAGUGGAACCUCGAUAACUCGGAUUAAUCGGGACCGCGACCGAUCCGGGUUAUCGAAAAUCUGAGAUAGCCGGAGAAUAUGGUAAAAAUUAAUAAAAUACGGUAUACUUACAGAUAAACUCCGUUAGAAUUGAAAUAACAUGAAAUAUAUUUAUAAAUAUGCACAGUACCUACUCAUUAAAAUUACUAAAAAAACACCAAACCCAAACGUAAGCAAAUGGAAGCGAACAAUACAAGACACACAAUACUAAAGACCAUUGUUUAUAAAAGAAUUUUUUAAAUAGUCUUUCCUAAACAAUGCUGACAGUUUGAAAUAAAAAGGAAUAGAUACUACAGACAGGUGGCUGUUGUUUCUGCAGCGUGUGCUGAGUCAUUUUUAAUAUCGUAUCGUUCAAAUUACACACAUAGGUACACAUUAUCUCUCAAAUAUUAUAUUACAUACAUUUUUAUUGUUGAAAGGUUUGUCUGAUAAUUAACUAUUUUGAUUGGAAAUAAGCCACAAUUAAAUUUAAUAACUUAAUUUAUUAAUUUUAAUAAUUUUUUUUUUUUAAAUUAUGUUAUGGACUAUAUCAAUACUUGUAUUGUUUUGACUAUAUGUACUUUAGCAUGUUUAUAUUAGGUUAUCCUAUUUCAAAUAAAGUAUUACAUAUUAAAUUGAAAAAUACAAAAUAUUGAAAAUCAAAAUGUUUAUCUGAUGAAAAUCGGUCCGGGUUAGCCGGACUUCCGGGUUAUCGGGGGCCGACUUAUCGGGGUUCCACUGUAUUUAUAUAUUUCAGAUUAUGUAAGCAAAUCUUAACCUCUUAUACUUUCAAGUCGGGCCAAUAACAGAUAUUUGUCUUAUGUGCUCAUUUAUACAGUUAUUGGAAAAUUGUUGAAACACAGUAGCUGUUUCAGUAGCACCUGAUUGAUAACAGUGUGAACACAGGAUCUAUGUCAAUGGAUUUGAAAGUCUUAAGUGGCUUAAAGGGCAUGCAUAAAAAUGGAGAGUCAUUUUAUCUGACAGCAUAUUCAAUGCACAAAUCGAGCCUUGGACUCCUCCAAACUAGGCUUCUAAACUUGCUGGUUCCACACCAGUCUUUUCUAGAUUCUCACAUCUAGCAAACUCUGCAUAUCCACUGCUAUUUCAUCCUCUCACAUUUUCUUUAGUCUUCCUUUUAGUUUUGUGCUCUGUAUCUAGGGCUCUUUUUAGCAAUCUUUCAGCCUCCAAGCUUUCUCCUCUUCAAUACAUUGAAGUCUGUCAGUUAAAUGAAUUCUGAGAUUGGUGUCUUCUUGAACAGGUAGUGUUCAUGGUUGUAAAUGGAUCUUCUUACUACACAAAUUUUGUUAAACAUCUUCCUUAGGACUUUUAUUUCAAAGAUUUCCAGUUCCUUCCAGAAAAAAUAAGCUAUUCUUUUUCUCAUGAUCAUCUUUCAGUGCGUCACAGUUUUUCGAUUUCUCUCUAACGCAUUAAAUUGUAUGUGACAGAAAAAAAGGCACGUCUGGGAAUACUUCGGUAAUUAUUCUAGUUCGGUGAUUAUUCUAGUUGUCGAUAGAUGGCGCCAUAAUCAAAAAAGAAUUAUUUAUUAAAUAAAAUAAUAAUAUUAUCAAUAUAAUCUGUACAAUUUAUAAGACUAUACAAAUGAAAGAAAAUACCAUUUUAUAAAUGCAAUAGACACAAUUGAUUUGGUUUUAUUCCAAAUUGAAAAUAAAAUUUGACAACUGUCAGAUUUAACUAAAAUGUCACGUUAGAAUAAAUGUCAUAAAUGUGUAUUAUCAGGGACUUACCUUUUUUUCUAUAAUUUGUGACGCACUGAAAAAUGUUCAUGAAAAGGAGAAUAGCUUUCUUUCCCUUUGCUAUUCUUCUAUGAAUUUCUGGUCCUUCCGUUCCAUCCAUGCUUAAUUGGUUAACUAAUGCUUAACUUUCUAUGGUUUCAAUAUUGUCCUCCAAUUAUAAACAAAGUUUGAUAUUUCUUUUGACAAUGGCUUCUGAUUUGGAAGGUAACAUAUUAAGAAAACAGUUUUAUUUUACGAUUGGUAGGGUAUUUUCCUCCAAAAUUAUUUAACAGAAAACUACUUUUUCGUGUCUUUUUGUUAGGUGAAUAUUUAUUUUGGCUCUUUCAUGUAUACAUUUUCAGUAAUUUCAUGUAUUCAUCCAAGCAAUAUAGUUUUAAUAGUACACACUACUUGAUUGUUCUUUUUUUUCAAUAGCAUUUAUGCAAGUACAUUAUUUUUAGUUUCAUUGGUUUUUUUUAUAACAGAAAAAAUUCUGCGGUCACUGAAUAGUUUACAUUUUCAUUUUUACAUUUAUUUUGAUUUUUUUUAUAUAUAUAUUUAUCUACCUUUUAAUUAGAUUUUUAAAUUUUAAUCAACCUAUUCUGGCCCAGCCAUAGGGAAUUGACGUCGCUUUGAUGCAAAAAGUGCAUUUAAAUGAGGUAAAAGUUCAAAAAUCUGCUACUAGAUAUGUAAGGGUGUAAACUAUUCAACAGCUACAGCUGUACCUUUCUGGGCUACUCUCUUGCACACUUCAAUUUAUCAAUUGGUGUGUAGGUACUAAUAUAAAUAUCUAUUGUUCAAAACCAGUUAACCAUCUAAGUUAUUAUUUUAUUAAGAUUAGUAAAUCCACAUGUAAAAUCAAAAAGUACAAUUUGUAAACUGUCAUCAACUAGUUGCAGAAACAAAUAUUAUGUAAGAAUGUUUCAAAACUUCAUGAACCUUGGAAAUACGCAAACCAAAAAAAAAAUGAAUCCUAAAAACAUUAACUACAUAUUUUAACUUCAGACGGAAUUCAAUAAGUAUUAAAAACCACUGUUAGACAAAAAACAAUAAAUACUCCCAACAAUGUUUCUGCAACAAAAACUGAUUUGGCUCUGUCUUGCUAUGUCAGAACUCACAAUUAAAUGUUUUCAGGAAUGUGGGAUUUCAUAGUUUCAUUCGUAUAUUGACAUCAACAAAUAAGUUAGUAAGGUUCAUGAAAUUUUGUAAAACCUAUUACCUUUGUAAAGAAGUAAUGUUUAUGUCAUAGUUUUAAGAUUUAAUAUACCUAAAGUAAAUUCGCUCAAUUGAGAUUCAUUUUGAAUUUAUUUUCUCAAAAUAUUUUUAAUUUGUACAAUAAAUAAUUUUCUUAUUUUUUAUUAAUACAUUAUAUUAUUAUGGUCAAAUAAAUAAUAAUUAUUGAUUUGCGUAAGAUUUGUUAUUAAUGUUUGUUAACUCUUAUUAUUAGCUAUGAGCACGUGUGUUUGGAUGUGCAGUAAUUUCCAGCCACCUCUAGUUUGUCAAAAUGUAACUAAUUUCGCAAAACAAUAAUUAUGUACUAAAAUCACCAGACAGUUGUGUCUGAGAUUAGCAAACCAACUAUAUCCGGUAAAUUUUUUUAAGUUCCAAAUUUAAAACAAAUUCUGUUUUAUCUCAUUUUUAUUUAUUUAAGACUAUUUUUAAACUAGUAUGUUUACAAUUUGUACUAGCUAUAAAGUAAAUAGGACAUAAACUAAGGCCAAGAAACUAAGACUCAUUAUUAAUUCCCGAUAAAAUAAUAGUUUUUUUAUUUAAAAACAUAGAAUGCACAUCAACCAAGCAGGGUUAUCAAUAGACUAACUUACAGAAGGAUUCGUUUAUUUACAUUAAAUAAAUGUAUCAAACAUAAAUAUUUUAAUCUACACUCACCGCCACAAAAUUCCGCCAAAAUUUUUGAUUAAGUUUUACAAACUAUAACUUUAUUAUUUGUACUCCGAUUUUCAAGAUUCUUGCAUCAGUUUGUAGGUACAUGUAUUAAUAUCGUUUUUUAUUAUUCUGGUAACAAAAAAUUUUUGUUUAAAUGGCAUUAUACAGGGAUGAAUGGAAGCGUUGUAUUUUCUCUUAACUUUAAAAAAUUCUGUGGAAAAAUUUUGAGGGCUGAUUCUGUUUCAUACUCCUUUUGUAUUAUUCUGGAAGUAUCAUUAAGGUUUUGUUUUUGAAUUAUCCGAAUAUCUCUUCUCUUGUAAGAGCUGUAAAUAAAGACACUGCUUUGAAGGUAUUUUUAAUUAAAAAUAUCAAACGCACUAAAAUUAACAAAACAAAAUUAACAACAAAACAAUUCAAUUGCGGGUAUGUCCACCUCUUGCAGCAACGACUGCUCGUAAUCUGUUUGGCAUCGAAUAAAGAUGUUUUAUCCUUGCCUCGGGAAUAGCCCGAUAUUCCUCUACCACGGCCAUAACUAUACCAAAUUUUCUGGAGGCCUAGGAAGACGGCCAAUAGCUUUUUUUAAUUCAUCCCAUAAAUACUCAAUAGGAUUUAGAUCUGGGCUGCAUACGGGCCAUUCUAAUCUUAUCAAUCCAACCUCUAUUUUGACUCGAUCAGUGUUUUUAUUGACAGAAAAUGGUACAGCUCUUACAAGAAAAGAGAUAUUGGGAUAAUUCAAAAAACAAAAUUUUAGUGAUGCCUCCGGGAUAAUAUGACAGGACCAUGAAACAAAAUCAGCGUUGCCAUUUUUUCACAGAAUGUUUUAAAGUUAGGAGGAAAUACAACACUUCCAUUCACCCCCGUAUAAUGCCAUGCAAGCAAAAUUUUUGUGUUACCGGAAUAAUGCCAAACGAUAUCAAUACAAUGUACCUACAAACUGGUGCAAGAAUCUUGAAAAUCGGAAUACAAAUAAUAAAGUUAUAAAUUAUCAAACGUAAUCAAAAAUUUUGGGUGGCGGAAUUUUGUGCCGGUGAGUGUAGUACCUACAUGUUAUUAUUUUAGCCAAAUAAAUUAGAAUUCGAUUCUUCUAAUAAUGAACGUGAUAUUUUUUCCUUUUGUAUACAAAAGCAAAAUAGAACUGAAGACUGAAGUACACUUUUCUUUGCAUAAUUUUUAUCUUGAAUUGUUUUGAACUGGACUAAUAUGCACAUUUGGGCAAACUUUGUAGAAGAUACCCGGAUAAAAUUCCUGUAAGGGUAAUUACAUGGUAAUCCUACUAUCAGCGAUGAAUAAUAAUGCAUCUCUAAAGGUACGUAUCCAUACAAGGGUGAUCCGCGCUUAGUGUAGCAGCUCCACAUAGUGGAUACAUUGGUGAUCGCCGCUCGGCGUUCACCCUCUUCGAUUCAACCGGUUUGCAGUUUAUAUGUAGGAGAGCGCAUGCCAUAUAUAUUUGAGUAGCUACACCGAGCGUGGAUCACCCUUGUAUGGAUACGUACCUUAAGAUAUUUGUUACCCUAUAAAUCAUUUGUGACUGUUUCUACAUUUUUUUUUGUAAUGAAUGUAAAUAAUGUUUUUUGUAUAAUAAAAUAUUUUUCUAAUUUUC